AUGACACGCAAUAGCACCACCUUCCACAAUCCCUACGCCCACUCCAUGUCCACAGGGGCCGAAAACAUCGAGCUGCCGCGCUGGCGAGGACAUGGCGCAAAACCCUCGGAAAACACACUCGUCACCGCGGAAGAGAGCAUCUACGACAACGACAAGCUGCUCCGCUACAGCUCCCUCUGCAGCACCGACGCACCCACCACCACCUCCUCCUCAUCCCCUCCAAGAACCCCAACCACCACCCUCGACCGCCCCAUCGUCCGCACCCUCCUCUUCACGCGCACCAUCCUCUGGUCCGACCUGACCAUCUCCCUCCUCCCCUCCUCACCCACCCCGAACCCCACCACCUCUCCUCCCCCUCCCCCUCAACCACUCUACCACGCAUCAACCCACGAACUCAACCUCACCCUCCCAGACAUAAUCCUCUACGCCUCCACGCCCACACACCCCAAAUUCACUGUCCUCGCCGCCGCCCACUUCCGCUUCAGCCGCGACGCCCGCCUCGGCUUCGGCUUCGGGGCCGAUCUCGCCAAGCUCAACGGCAAGGACACGCAUGACGGCGACGUGUGCUGGGAGAGCUGCCGUAAUACCAGCACCUGGCUUAGGCACUAUCAGUAUGACUUUGCCGUGCCUGCCGAGGGUGACGGUGGGAGAGGGAGAGGAGGGAGGCGCCAUUUCCGCCUGGAGCGCACGCGCGCCGCCGAAGACGGUGUGCAAGGGUGGUUGGGCUGGGCGAGUUUCAGGAAUUAUCGGAUCUCUAAGGAGCUUGACGAGGGUGGGGGAGCUGAGGCUGUUCGAGGAGAUGAGUGA